AUGAGUGCUAAUAAUUCUGGCUCAACUGAGCAAAACGAGUCCAACGUUGAGAACGAGCAGAAGUCUAGUGAUGUUGUUCUUUUACCGCAAGAGCUCCUGAUUAAGCACCCUCUGCAAUCUCGUUGGGCCCUUUGGUAUUUGAAAAACGAUAGAAACAAGGAUUGGGAAGAAUGUUUAAAGAUGGUCUCUGUUUUCGAAUCUGUUGAAGAUUUCUGGGCUCUUUACAAUCAUAUUCAAACUGCUAGUGGUCUUAACUGGGGCUCUGAUUAUUAUUUGUUUAAAGAGGGAAUCAAGCCAAUGUGGGAAGAUGAGAGUAACGUGAAAGGAGGUCGAUGGCUUGUUGUUGUUGAUAAGCAGAGAAGAGCUCAACUUCUUGAUCACUACUGGAUGGAGUUACUCAUGGCUAUCAUCGGAGAACAAUUCGAAGAUUUAGGAGAAUACAUUUGUGGCGCCGUUGUUAAUGUCCGCCAGAAGGGUGAUAAGGUCUCUCUCUGGACUCGUGAUGCUACCAGAGAUGAUGUUAACACUAGAAUUGGAUACGUGUUGAAAGCAAAAUUAGGAAUUCCUGACAAUGAGCCUUUACGAUAUGAGGUACAUAAGGAUUCAUCGGCUAGAACCUCAUCUAUGGUUAAGCCACGCAUUGUUUUACCAUUAAAAGGACCUCAGGCUACUUCUACUACGCCUACUGCUGCAACUCCAGCUGCUACACCUGUCAGCGCAGCUUCAUAG